GCCCUCUCAGGGUUGGGACCCGUACCAAGUUCGACUUUUUCAAAAUCUUCUGGAGAAUCACGAUGAAGCUUUUUUCCAAACAUCUAUUGUGAAAGAAAAUGUAAGGCACGGCACUCUGUACAUAAUUAAAAACAAAGGUAGAAUCAAUGUAAACGAGACUCUAGUUCAACUGAAUCUUGCGCAGAACAAGAAUCAAGCGGUAGAUGUUUCCAAACAUUUAAUCCGAAACAGCAGCCAUUAUAAAUUUGUUAUAAGCAUACUCGGGCGUGAGAAGCAAGAAACAAGAUCCAAAUUCAAUCGGAGUGGCACAGAUUGUGUAGGAUCACCAAGUGCCUCCUUCAAACAAUCAAGAGCCAGACAGCUUCAAACUGUUGAGGCAAGUGAAGAUAAUGUCACCUCUGAAGAUGGUAAUAAGAAUAAUCACUCUCGUGAGCGUAAUGAUUGUAUAGAACAGUCGGCAGAAAGUAGAGCCAAAACCUGUAUUUACCCUGCUGGUUUUCAACCCAUAAGUAAGAAAAAAAAACAACCAAGAUCUCCCAGAUUUGGAAACUUAAUUCACAGCACACAUAAUACAAGCUUGGGGAUGGAAGCAAGUACCUCUGUGCAACAAUCUUUGCCCGAGUCGUCAGGUAAUAAUUUAAAAUUAGCCAAGCCAAUUGAAAUUGAUCUUGAAUCGAAUAACAAGAAAACCUCCACAAAUGAAAGCACUAAUUCGUUGCUGUACAACAAAAAUGAGAAAGAAUUAUCAGGAGAAGAAAUUAAAAUCGCUUCAGCCAAGUCUAGUAGCAAACCGAAGGGUAGGAUAUGGAAUAAUGUCAUUGCUCCUUGUAGUCAAGCUAACGACGAUAAGGGUGCAAGUAGUAGUGAUGAAUAUGAUGUUGAACUUCCUUCAAGGAAACCUUGUGCCACUAUUAAGGCGCAUGAACAGGAAUAUAAAAUACUGUCACUGUAUAGUAAAAGCCUCAAAAGAGACUCAACAGCAGUUUUUUCACAGUCAAAAGACUGUAAUCUCAUCGCCUCUUCAUGUAGUAAUGCAGGUGCUGAAGAUCAUUUUACCAAAAAUGAUGCCAUGGCUGACAAAUACCUAGCUAGUUACAGCUUCUCAAACUCCUCCUUCUCUGAGUGUGAUUUGCCAGCAGCUGCAACCUCGAAAAGUAUUAAUAGAGUUGUUAAUGCUCCAGUGCUAUCAAACACUGUGUUCGAAAACAGCCAUGCAACUCCUCAGAUUGUCUCCUACGCCUCAAGUACCUCAAGCAGAGGAAAAACAAGACUUCAACUUGAAAGAGAAAGAUUAGCUGUGUCUCAUCAGAUGUCAGAGAAUACAACCGAGACCUCUGGUGGCAAAGGUCUCAUUGAAGGGAAUGUUGAAGCUGAAUUCAGUGACUCCUCAUCACAGAUCAGUGCUUCUUGUUGUUACAAUACUGAAAAUCAGUGGGACACAUCUGUUACAAGUAGUAGAAGUGGACGAAGACUCUUGGACAACAACUCUCUUGCUAAUUCAAUGUCCGAGUUUGAAGACGUGUCUCGAAAGAAGCAGUCUGAAGAAUUCUAUUUGCAGUCAGAGAAAGUGCUUGUUCAUAAUAUUUUUGAUGCUGACGUUGAGGCUGUCAAAUCUUUUACAGACCUUGAUCUCCACCCAGUUGUAAAGAAUGCUUGUAGAAGGAUCGGUUGGACAUCUUUUCACAGAGCUCAAGCUUAUGCUUUUCCCUUGAUUCUCAACUGGAAUGAUGCUUUAAUUGUCGGUCAACCACGCACUGGUAAAACUAUAUCUUAUGUAAUACCCUUUGUUAGCUGUCUUCAUGCUGGCACUUCGUAUCAUCAGCUGAAGACGACCAAUUGCCCCAAGGUGGUCAUUGUUUGUGCAUGGUCAGUUGCUUGUGAGGCGGUGGAAAGCAAAUUUAAACAUCUUUUGGGCAGUUUCCAACACAAAAUAAAAGUAGUAAAAGCCUACAGCUGUGGAAAAUACAAGAAUCCGGAAAAAUUGGUUACUCUACUGAAUGGAUGUGAUGUGUUGAUAACCACUCCAAGAUAUUUGCUGUAUCUUUUCAAUCAAGAUAAGGUUAUUGAUUUCCAACACUUACACCACUUUAUUCUGGAUGGAUGUCAUGACCUCUUCAAGCAUUUUGAGCCCGAGGUUCUAGACAUUUGUCAGAAAGUUUCCAGUAUGAAAUUAGAAGGAAAGAAAGUUCAAAUUGUCAUUACGUCUGAAGUAUACAAUUCAGUUACUGAGAAGUUAUUAAUGAAUGGCUUCUUGUUCAAACCUCAUGUGCUCAUUGCAAAAGCAAUGGAAACAGCUAUUUACGGGAAGUGCACUUGUAAGCUUAUCAUCACAGAUCAAGAAAACAAAAUUCAAUCGUUGCUCGUCGGGAAGUCUCGUCGAUCUAUGCUAAGAGGGAAGCUUGAAGGGGUUCGAUGUCCUGUCAUUGUGUGCACAGACGAUGCUUUAGUGAAUCUGCAGAUUGCUGAUGCUCACAUCCUGAUUCAUUUCGAUCUUCCAAUUAGGAAACAUGCAUUUUCUAUCCGUUACAUUUCUAUUUUUGCUCACAUCCCCAACCGAUUAGUAAAAAAUUCAGAGCAAAACUACUGCAAGACAGGAGUGAUCUUAGGCACUGAUACUUCUUUUGAGUUUCUUCAGUUUUUGGAAUUUAUCAAAAGAUCUUUGCAAAAGAUUGAAGUCCCUCAAGUUGCGGAAGAUGUUGCCAAAGCAAUCUUUCACCGAAGAGAGGAGGAAGAGAAGAGGAACCGUCUCAUCUGUCCCCGCCUUCUAAGGUUUGGUGAAUGUUGGCCGUCACCUUUGUCCUGCCCUGAACGCCACGUCCUGAUCAAGGAUAUUGACCAUCCUCGGUUGAUGCCAAUGAAAGGUUAUGUUAAGGUAAAAAUUUUGCAUGUUUUGGAUGCAAGUAGCUAUUCUGCAAGGCUCUUGGAGGUCUCUGAAGACUCGUUAAUGUGGAGUCAUCAUUCGCGCAACUACGCAGUAUUCGCGACAAAACUCAACAUGCAUUAUAUGGACGAGUCUAACUGCUACUCAAAAGACAAACCAGAAGUUGGAGAUGUGGUUGUCUAUGAGCAUACACCAGGUGAUUUCAAGAGAGCCAAAGUCAUAGAGGAGUUCAGGAUGACUUCACAACACAAGCCCCAAGAGUAUAGGAUCAAGCUAAUUGAUGAAGGCCUUAUAAUUUCCAGCAAAGUUUUGGGGCCGAAUCUUCUGUAUUGUCCCACCUGUUUCCAAGAAGAUCCUCCGUAUGCUAUCACUGUGUACCUUUGCGGUUUGAAACCAGUAGAUUUAGAUUACUCAUGGAAUUAUUAUGCCUCAUCUUAUAUUCAACAAGGAAUAGCAAAAUGCCAGAAACCAGAGAUGAAUGGCUAUUUCUUCAAGGGCAAGAUUUUAUUAGCCUUAAACUCUAGUUUAUGGCUCAAUCCGUUUGAUUGCCAGCAGUACCUUGAAAAUACCAAAACUUACAUAGUAAAGUUCUCUAUCAAAAACGAAUUAUUAGAUAGUAACUUCGCUGUGAAGAAUGCUUCACAUUUGCCUAAUCUGUACGAACUGUGCAAGAAUGCCAAACUUCCAAUACCUAUCUAUAAUCUUCCAAAUGAUGAGAAGAGACUGGUUCAUGUGGAAGAGAUAAAACCGCAAUGGGCUCACUUACCCCUUGACGGAGAAAAAAAAUCACAAUCUUGUCAUCUGAAGGUGUAUAUUACGCAUAACAAUGGUCCAGACAUGGUUUUCGUUCAACUAGUCAAGUUCAAUGAGAGUCUUGUCAAACUUCACAAUGAUAUAGAAAAACACAUGUUAUCAAAUAGAGAAGUUUCGAGAAUGAAUUACAAUGUCGGUGAUUUUUGUGUUGCAAACUUUAAAGGAGAAGCUCCGAACAGAUGGUUCCGAGCGCAGAUAAUUGAUAAGCCUGGCAAUAAUAUGGUGACAGUGUUCUAUGUUGAUUAUGGACAAGAGGAUACUCUGGAUCUGGAUCAAGUAGCAAAUAUACAGCAGGAAUUCAUAACUAGACUACCUUUUCAGGCUGUGGAGUGUGUUUUAGCAGCAUUGCAGCCAACGACUAACAAUGAAUGGGAUGAUGCUGCAGCCUGUAUUAUUGAUGAAUACAUGAUGGAUGAGGAAGGAGUGUAUAAGACCAUGUUAGUUAAGACGAUUCGAAUUGAAUGCAAAGCUCAACGAACCGGAGGUCGCAGAUACAGAGUUGCUCUGCAUGAUUUGAAUAACAUUACGUAUAGUGUCAAUCAAGAUUUAUUAGACCGGGGUUUUGCCAAGCCAAUGAAAAAUGAGCUUUUGCUUCUGAAUCAACAACAACCUUCUCUGUCUGAUGAUUUCACCAAUGAACCAGAGGAAGAGAAAGAAGAUGAUGAAGAUUCUUCUCAAGUAUCUAGUCUAAGCUCUACAGAGGUCUCGGAAAUGAGUGAGAUUCACAACUUCAGCAAGAAUUACUGUCAAAAUUUUUCCAAAGAUGACUUAGAAGAUUUCAAGAGCUUUGCCUUUGAAAUGUUUUCAAGGACACUAAAUAGAGAUCGAGCCUCCUUUCAAAUUGAAAGGAAAGCACCCUCGCCAGUGUAUCAGUCAUCCGAGACUCUCAUACACAAAAACAGUCAUGAUGCCAUUGAAGUCAACUACUCGGAGAAAUCAGACUUGCGACCAGCAGUGCCUUUAGGAAAAUUUCCGCUUGUUUUAUGGCAUCAAACACCAUCACAUUUAUUCCUACAAGUUGGACUGGAAACAGAAGAAUACUUUAUAGAUUGGGGUGAUGACUUUUUGACAUUCAGGGCUUUAUAUAAACCAAAAAUAUCAACAGCAAAUUUAAGCAACCAAGAAGCAGAAGUACAUACAGUAGUUCAAAGAGGACAGCCAGCAGAAGAGCAGUAUCAAUUUAGCUUGACUUUCUGUGGCAUUAUUAAUCCGCAUGAUGUUGAACACUGUACGAAACGUUUCUAUGUACACAUCAAGUUGAAGAAACAAGGUGUUGGCAUGUGGCAACGCUUGACACAAGAAACAUACAAACUGCCAUGGUUGAAGUUCAAUCCUAAUUACAUGGAAGAUACUUCAGAUGAAGAUAUCAACUUAAAAUUUGGCAAGCACAGCCGUAUCAUCAAAUCUGUAGAUGGGUUUUAUGGAGAUUACGAUGAAAUGGAAGAAGAUGAAGAUUGGUCUAAGAAGUCAGGGCAGUCUACUUUACAAGAAGCUGAGGCACGCUACGAUAUGCCAGAAGACCCUCAUGAUCCAACAUCUUGAGAUUCACUCAUUCCUUAAAUUGUAAAAGUGAGCAUUCCAAGUUUUUACUAUAUUAUAGUUUCCUCUCUCAUGGUCCUGUUCCUAAAUUUUGCAACUUUUCUUUCAUUAAAUUUGUGACCUCAUGUGACAUAAGAAAUAUCCAAACUUGUCCAAAAAACUUUACCUGCCGCAAGUCUCAGUGCUAUCUCAGAACCCGGUGGGCCCUUAAUUUUGUACCUGUUCCACAGCUAAAUUAAUGACUUUGUGUGUAAACAAGAUUUGUUAAAGCCUGUAUAAAAAAUAUUCAAAAUGUCUUCACCACCAGUUUCAGACCUAGUUCAAAACUAAAAGGUUUAAGCAGGUACCUAUGCAACGCUUCACACCAGAAACAUAUGAACUAGGUACCAUGGUUGAAGUUCAAUCCUGAUUACGUAAACGAUGCUUUAGAUGUAAGCAUCAGCAUAAAAUUUGGUAAAACAAGCA